AUGAUGAUGAAACACAGUCUGCAUGUUCUCGUCUUUUUAGUAGUCAGUAUUGCCAGUGAGUGCAGUCUCAGGCAAACAAAACUUAAUGAAGGUACACGUCUGUGUUGUUACUACGAUACAAAACAAAUUCCAACAAUUGGCGUUGGUUUUAACCUACACCGCACGGAUGCUAAACAAGUUUUACGUAGCUAUGGAUUGAAAAAAGAAAAUGUUCUCAACGAUUGCAUGUUUUCCACAAGAAAAGCAUGUAUAACUGAUUAUCAAGCUACUGAUAUCUUCAAAAAUGAUAUAUAUCCUGAGGCGAGUGCAUGCGCUGCAUCCUAUGCCCCAGGUAUGCCAACAAGUGUUCAUGCAGCGUUGACAGAUGUUGCUUUUGCUGGUUGUGGUACACUCAAAGAAUUCGUAAAAAUGAAAGCAGCUCUCUACAAAAACGAUUGGAAAUCAGCCAGUAAUGAAUUGAAAAAUUCACGAUGGUGUACAGACGUUAAAUCACACCGAUGCAAUCUUAAUGCGGCUUGUAUUGCGUCAGGACAAUAA